AUGCCACCCCCAGAUUUCACCUCUCCCCUCAUCUUCAAAACCUUCAACACCAUCCCCUCCACCGCCGCAUCCCCACCACCCCCCUCAGAAACAUACUACCUCCUCGCCGAGAUAAAAGAAAACCUCUCCCUCACCCGCCCAACCCUAAUCUGCUCGGACCUCUCCUCCACCUCCUUCGCCCUGACCUGGUCCGACCUCCACGCCUCUCCCCACGCCUCCGACGUUGACUUCAAGGCCCUAGGUCUCAAAAAGGGGAAUUGUGUCCUCUUGCCAAAUGCCAAAAGAACUGACUCCUCAGAUGAGGUGAAGCAAGGCAAGGUUGUGAUCCCCGGGGGCAAGGAUGAGUGGCAAGGAAAGUCCGGGCUGAGGGUGAUACCAGGCAAGCUGGAAAAGGUGGUAGAGGUGGGGCAGGAUUGGGAGUUUGUGAUUGAGGAGGGGGAGGGGAAGUGUGGGAGUUGCGGCAAGGAAGGGAGGGAGGAGGAGCUGGCCAAGUGUACGGGGUGUAGGGGGGUGGGGUAUUGUUCCAAGGAGUGUCAAGUUAAAGGCUGGACAGAAGGUGGCCACAAAAGUACAUGCAAGAUUAUCAAGACCCUAAAGGAGAUAUGGCCUUGAUUUAGAUACACAACAAUCUCAACCAUGACAUCGCACUCUCAAACGAAAUGACACUGCAAUAAAGUUACACCAAAAGCGAGACGGUCCCACACUAAAUACAUACAUACGAACCAAAAACCCCCG